GGUCAAAGCGCUCCUUGGCUGAAAGGAGGAGGAACUGGCAACGGGGAGGAGGCUGUAGCGAGGCCUGGAAGGCUGCGCAGUCAGGCAGGGGAGGGGGUUCGGGGUUGGGGAGCGGCCAUUGAGCGCGUCUGAUAUGCUGCUGGGGUCGUGACCGCUCGAGGACGGAGGCAGGACCUGUCCAGACCCAGCCUGGAGGCCUCGCCUUCGUCAGGCCUAAUCUCCAACGGUCGGGUAGGCCUCACGAGAGGCUCCUUUCCGUGUGGCCGCCUAAGGUUCCUGCCUUGAUUUCUGGCCAGGAGAUGGCCUCCCCGAGCCCCCCCUUGGAGCCAAAGGGGUUGCUGACAUUUGAGGAUGUGGCUGUGUUUUUUACCCAGGAGGAGUGGGAUUAUCUGGAUCCAGCUCAGAGAAGCUUGUAUAAAGAUGUCAUGAUGGAGAAUUAUGGAAACCUGGUCUCCCUGGAUGUUUUGAACAGAGAUAAGGAUGAGGAGCCAACUGUGAAACAAGAAAUUGAGGAAAUUGAGGAAAAAGUGGAAUCACAGGGUAUAAUAGUUACAAGAAUCAAAAGUGAAAUUGACCAGGAUCCCAUGCAUAGAGAAACCUUUGAACUUGUUGGUAGGUUAGAUAAACAGAGAGGAAUCUUCUUAUGGGAAAUACCAAGGGAAUCUUUGACCCAGGAACAGAGAAUGUUCAGGGGAAACACUAACAUUAUUCGUAAGAGACCUAACUCAGAAGAGAAAUGCCAUAAAUGUGAAGAAUGUGGAAAGGGUUUUGUUCGCAAGGCCCAUUUUAUUCAACAUCAAAGGGUCCAUACUGGUGAGAAACCUUUUCAAUGCAGUGAAUGUGGGAAAAGUUUUAGUCGCAGUUCAUUUGUUAUUGAACAUCAGAGAAUUCACACAGGGGAAAGGCCCUAUGAGUGUAAUUAUUGUGGGAAAACCUUUAGUGUGAGUUCAACACUUAUUAGACAUCAGAGAAUCCACACUGGAGAAAGACCCUAUCAGUGUAAUCAGUGUAAACAGAGCUUCAGCCAGAGAAGGAGCCUUGUUAAACAUCAAAGGAUUCACACAGGUGAGAAACCCCAUAAAUGUAGUGACUGUGGAAAAGCCUUCAGUUGGAAGUCACACCUUAUUGAGCAUCAAAGAACUCACACUGGUGAAAAACCCUAUCACUGUACCAAAUGUAAGAAAAGCUUUAGUCGAAAUUCAUUACUUGUUGAACAUCAGAGAAUUCACACUGGAGAAAGACCCCAUAAAUGUGGCGAAUGUGGGAAAGCCUUUAGAUUAAGUACAUACCUUAUACAACACCAAAAAAUCCACACUGGUGAGAAACCUUUUCUUUGUAUUGAAUGUGGAAAAAGCUUCAGUCGGAGCUCAUUCCUUAUUGAACAUCAGAGGAUCCAUACAGGUGAAAGACCUUAUCAGUGCAAAGAGUGCGGGAAAAGCUUCAGUCAACUUUGCAACCUUACUCGUCAUCAGAGAAUUCACACAGGAGACAAACCCCAUAAGUGUGAGGAAUGCGGAAAAGCCUUUAGUAGAAGCUCAGGUCUUAUUCAGCAUCAGAGAAUCCACACCAGAGAGAAGACUUAUUCAUACCAUGAAACUAAGGAAAGUUUUGAUCCCAAUUGCAGUCUUGUUAUACAGCAGGAAGUCUUCCCUAAGGAAAAAUCUUAUAAAUGUGAUGAAUGUGGGAAAACUUUUAGUGUCAGUGCUCAUCUUGUACAACAUCAAAGAAUCCACACUGGUGAAAAGCCCUACCUGUGUACUGUAUGUGGGAAAAGCUUCAGUCGGAGCUCAUUUCUUAUUGAACAUCAGAGAAUCCACACUGGUGAGAGACCCUAUCUAUGCAGACAGUGUGGCAAAAGCUUUAGUCAACUUUGUAAUCUUAUUCGACAUCAGGGUGUUCACACAGGUAAUAAACCCCAUAAAUGUGAUGAGUGUGGGAAGGCCUUUAGUCGGAACUCAGGCCUUAUUCAGCAUCAGAGAAUACACACAGGAGAAAAGCCUUAUAAGUGUGAGAAGUGCGACAAAAGUUUUAGUCAACAGCGCAGCCUUGUCAACCAUCAGAAGAUCCAUGCAGAGGUGAAAACCCAAGAAACCCAUGAAUGUGAUGCUUGUGGCGAAGCCUUCAAUUGCCACAUAUCUCUUAUUCAACACCAAAAAUUGCACACUACAUGGAUGCAGUAAACCUAGAGAAAUAUUUAAGCUUACUUUGAGCUACCCAAGUGCAGUUUCAGUAUUGCUCAACAUGAGUCAGAUUUAGUGAUAAAGCAAACUGCUUGGCCUCAGGCAAAUGGUUUCUAAAGUUUCCAUGAAUAGCUACCCACAGGCAUUUGAAGACUCCCAUUACUCUUUGUUUUGACGAUCACAGAGAAAGACUCAGUAAUUUAAGCAUCUUUUUAAAAUAAAUCUUUCAUCACAGGUUAAAUGCAGGCUCAGAGCACUUGGUUAUAAUUAAUAAAGGGAGAAUGACAGUUACAUUGGUACAAAGGAGCUGGAAGCAGCUGAUGUUAGAAAAUGAAUAAUUAUUCAGAGUCGUCUGCCUCCAUCUUUUAUGGUGGUUCUUUCAGUACCAUGAUAUGUUUGGCUAUGCAUGCCAAAGUCCAAUAGUUGAAGAUAUGAUGAAGUUUUCAAGGAAACAAAGCCCAAUUAUUUUUUUGUUUUGUUUUGAAACUGGUAUCUGGAGUUUUUGUGUUGUUUCAGCCAGUUGUUUGGCACGUGAGUUAAAGAAAGCAGUUCUAUAAUGCCUUGCAAUUCCCAGAUCUGUGAAAUGAGUGGACCAUUAAUUUUACAUGUAAAGAUUAUGUGAGUAACUAACCUAGCAAAGGUGUUACCAAGAAACCUUUGGGAGUGCCUUUUUUUUUUCCUAGAUGGGCCCAAAAAAGUGGAGGAAGACACUGUUCUUUUUGUGCCUUCCUAUCUAUGAAAGAUAUUUGUAGUCCUAUACAAAUAGUCUUAUUCCUUCACUACCAGUAGCAUGUGAAAGUGUACAUAUUUUGACUGCCAAGAAUUGGAAAUAAAAAGACCUGGAGUCUUAUGUUAGGAAGCUGAGAUAUUUUGGUAUUGCUUUGAUUUUUAUGGUAAUUAGACUGCAUGCCAUUUUAAAAAUCCUUAUUUCUGGUUCUAGGGCUUCCCUUAGUUAAUGGUUAUUAUAAACCUAUUCAUCUGUUCUAGUCAUUAAACCUAUUUUGUUUUUUUGCUUUGUGUAAGAGUUCUUUGUUACUUUAGUGUAAAAUCUAUCCUUUCAAAUCUAUUACUGUGUUUAAUCAUUAGAAUCAGGGAUUUAAAGGGAAUUGCUCUCACUCAUUCUACCUGUGAUACAGUAGAGGUGUCUAGAGGUAAUUGGAGAUGUGAUUAUGGUGCACCGAGAAGAUAUCUGGGCAAAAAAUUGAUUUAGGAAUUCACCAGUGUUUAGACACAGAAAUGAAUUAAGAUUUCAGGAUAAAAUAAAGCAAAAAGGAAAAAAAAAUGCAGAGAUGGAAUCCUGAGUCCCACUUUUGUUUAGUGGGUGAGCAAGAUGCAAAGGAGACAGGAACAUGCAGAAGCAUGGAAAACCCAGUAUGUAGCGAUAGCUGCUAUAGGAAAGUGACCUGGAAGAGUACUGUGGACACAUCAAGGAAGAGUUGAAGAAUAUCCUUUUGAUAAUUAGUCAAUGAUUUCUAUAAAAGCAGUUUCUGAAUUUGGGGAGAGCCAGUUUUCAGGGGGUUGAGUAGUGUCUGGAGAGUAAAUCAUCAGUUCCCAAAUACUAUCAAUUCAUGACUGUUCUGCAUUCAAAUGGUAAAAAUAAGGACAAUAGUAUCUUUGUAAAAAAGCUGAAUUGAUUAAAGACUUUACUUCAUUCUGAAAUUAUACCCCCCCUUUUUAAUUAAAAAGUCCUUUUAGGAAAUAUUUGUAGGGGAUGGUUUGUUGAAUGUAUGUCUUCAGUAAAAAAAAAGGCAACCUUUUUAAAAUUCUUACCCAUUUAAUUUUAUUGGUCCAUAAAAGGUGGAUUAAAUAUAAAGAGGGAUAAAGAUUGAGAUUAAAGAAAAAUUUGAGUAUUUUUCCAUUCUGGAAAGAUAGCUACAUGAGGAAGAGGUUGAAGACAAAGGAAAGCAGGUGAGCUCAUUAUUAUUAGAUGAGCUAAAGUUAUAGCAGUAAUGGAAGAAUUUUUGAUGGCUCCCUUCAAAUUGGGAGAAAAAGAGGACAGAUUUAGUGUGCGGUGAGGGGGGGUGGGUAAGAAAUAGGAUACACUUGAGGUGACCAUUUUCAAAAAGUAGUCGUCAUAGUUUGAGAAUCGGAAGAAGUGUGAACACUGUUAGAGGUAAGUGUUAAGAACCUCAUAAAUAGUAAAGGUCUGGAGUAGCAGUGGGGAGAAUGGAAGAACCAAACAAAAACUUGGGGAGGGCUUGUGGAGUUUUGUUUAGAGCUCUGCUGAAAUAAAGGACUAUGAACUUUUAAUGGAAUUAUUCAAAUUCCUUGUGGGAAUAACAUGGAACAAUUUGGAAAGAGAAUUAAAGUAGGUGAUGCAAAACAUUAAUUAGUAGAAGUAUUCAGGUUCUUAAGGGAAACCAAUAAACUAGAUAUGUAGAGGGAAUAGAAUAGGAAUUCGCUUUUGUGAUUUUGGAGGCCAAGAAAUCCCACAAUGCACCGUCCUUAAAUUGGAGAACCGUGAAAACCAGUGGUAUUCAGUCUGAGUUCAAAGGUCCAAGAGCACUGAUGUCCAAAGACAGCAUGUGUGCCCCAGCUUAGGUAGAGAGCAAACUUGAUCUUCCUCCACCUCGUUCAACUCAGGCCCUCAGCGAAUUGGAUGCCUACUAGUAUUGGUGAAGGCAGUCUACAGAUUCAAAUGCUAAUCGCUUCCAGAAACACCCAGAAAUAAUGUUUUACCAGAUCCCUUAGCCUAGUCAAGUUGAAACAAAAUUGACCACCAGAGUGGAUAACAUGGAAACAAGCAGACAAAGGGAGUUUUUGGGGACAAAAAAAAAA